AUGGAAAAGACAUCCAGCACCACGAACGGGUCCUCUGACGCAAGCCAGUCACGAUUAGAACCCCUAGAGACGUCUACCACUACUACUCCCUCCCAAUCCACCACCCUCGAGCGCCAACCUUCCUCCAAGCAAUCCUCGGCCACCACAUCCCUAACUCCAUCACCAUUCAAUUCGAGAGAUACCUCACCUACCCGUCAGACCGCCAAACCUACCGCCGCGACUACUCCCAAGACGACUGCUGGCCUACGCUCGCGCAAGAGCAGCAGCCAAGACUUGACCGCGGUUCGAACCCCCAGAUCCACCACCAGCAUACCAGGCCCGCCGACAUCGUCAAGGACCCUCUCCGCCGCCACAACCCCUACACUCCUCCCACACUCCCAAGAAUCAUUUCUCAAAUCAAUCAAUCCGCAAAAGACGCCGCUCAAUACCGAGGUUGCCCAAACACGAGAUAGCCCUCGCUGGCCUGUGUCGCCUCGCUUGCGCUCUCCCCCUCCGCAGCUUGGGAAGCCUCAGAAUCCUCCUCCGCAGCCACCACGUCGAGCAGAGCCGGAGCCUCCCAAGAUAAACCUCACGAGAGCAUCUCCUACCCCUCAAUCCGAACCCUUCCCAUCCGUAUCCGAGAGCGAGACAGACGACUCUCAGCUUCCGUCUGGAGUGCGAACCCCGGUUACGGGCUGUGGAUCCGCAUUGGAAACGGUGCAAGAAGUGAGCUUACCGAACUCUCCCGGACAGAUGGAUUCCACGUUAGAGAAGGUCAACGAGAAGCUGGCCCACGAGGCAGCUGCCAGCGCCGACAACGUUACCCAAGUGGACCGAGCUGCCCGGUUAAGUCGAGGAUCUCUGCACACUACAGACGGCGACACUGGCACAGUGAGAGUGCGGUCGCAAAGUACAGCUCCCGUGCCCACAGUCACGCGACAGUCUAGUGUACUGUCAAACAAGCAGGGCAAGAACAAGGCAGCUGGGGAGGGAUCUGGUCUCAUCGUCGAGACGGAGACUGUCUCUUCCAUUCCCCAGGUGGCAUUGGCACCUGCUGCCAAAUUGGAACCCGGCACCGGUACCCUGAGAGCGAAACCUAGCACGGAAACUAUUCGACCCAAGAAAGAGAAGAAGAAGACCAGUCGGAAGCAGCCGACUGUGAACCCCGGAAAUGCAUCAUCAAAAGCAGAUAUUUUUGAGGCUAAAGUGGCCAGCGCCGUUGAUGAGGCGAAUACAUCAGACUCUGAGGAGACCUUCGUCUACGACUCCAACCCUCCUGAUGUUGAAAGACGUCGGUAUCACUCGCGAACACCCAGCGCUACCUCGAUGAUUAGCCAGGCCGACAGAGCCGGCGCCCUAGGCAUGCGCUCAAUCCACGAGGCUUUGCAGGUAAACACAGCCGCGGGACUGAAGAAGAGCAUGAAGUUCGUAAACACCUUCAACAGUAACGGCGCUGAAAGCUUAGGCGCCGACGACGAUGGGAAGGGCAGUGGUAGAAGUGCGGGCGUCGGAUCAGGAAGAGGCACAGGGAGACAUCAUCACCACAAUCACUUCGGUCGCUGGGGUCGUCACCCUGGGAACACGCACCCUUCGCUCUUCGACAAUGAAUCUCUGUUUCCGAACGCGGCCCGAUCUAAGAUGUCGGCCAACAACUCGAGACAAUCGUCAGGCCCUCCUAGUCCGAGAGUCGCGAGUUCAGCUAGAGGCGGUCCCCACGCUCUCGGAAAGCGGUCCUCGAUUCAAAUGGCCCGCUACGACGCUGAUGAUACGACAACUACCGGCGCCGAUGAUGAGCGCACCCCUCUACUCACAUCAACGGUGCGAUCGGCGCGUAGAACGCGCCGUCACCCCGCAAACCUGCGAAAUCUCGAAUCGCAGUCGUACAGGCAGCAGCCGUCAUACUUGAACCGGUUCGCUGCUUGUCUGGUAGUAACCAUGAUGCUGUUGCUUGUUAUCACCGGCGCAAUUGGCUUCAUGUUCGCUACCUCUCAACCACUGACGGACAUUGAGCUUGUAUCCAUCAAGAACGUCCUGGCCAGCGAUCCGGAGCUGAUGUUUGACUUGACGGUCAAAGCUCAUAACCCUAAUAUUGUGGUGGUAUCAAUCGACCAGGCAAAUCUUGAAAUCUUUGCCAAAUCUCCUCACGCUGGUACCGAUUUCGAUUGGUGGAAGCGACCGCAUGGGGACGAGUUGGAAGACCCAAAUGUGCAUAUUCGCGACGAUCCUCCCGACGACCCGCCCGACGACGACGCCGCCCCAAACAUGCGUCUCGGCACAAUCACCGAGUUCGACAGCCCGCUGUCCUUCGAAGGGUCUUUUUUCAACAAGGGCGUCUCAGCAUCAACUGGCACCAUGCGACUCCAUCUACCAGGCAACCACUCCGCUGGAGGUUCUGAGCGUUGGGGACGCAUCAUCCAGGACGAGUUCGAUCUUAUUGUGAAGGGGGUGGUGCGCUACUCCUUACCACUCAGCCAGCGAGUCCGCAGUGCGCCGAUAUCUGGCAGAACCACAGUCAAACCCAACUCUGCCAACGACCCAUCUCUCCAGCCCAACAUGACCUUACCCGGAGACCUACCAGAACUAGAGUCCUGA